UCACAUUAGCGGUAUCAUUACACUUGUGACCAUCAAACUGAAUAGAAACUGCUGUUUGCCCUGCCUUGCUGUAAAGUGAAACACUACAAAAAAUGACUAACAUUUUCGAAGAAGUUGACCCAACUGUGUUCCGUUCGUAUGUGUUUUGGUCCUCGGUUCUAGUGCUGAAAAUGCUGCUUAUGUCGAUUUUAACUGCCCGAAAGCGUUGGGCUAAGAAAGUCUUCGCCAAUCCCGAGGAUGCCAAAACAACCCCAGGCGGAAAAGUAAACCUGGCUGAUCCGGACGUGGAACGUGUGCGGCGUGCUCACCUAAACGAUUUGGAGAAUAUUCUGCCUUUCUUCGUGAUUGGAUUUCUAUACACACUCACCAACCCCCCGGUGUUCCUAGCUACCAACCUGUUUCGACUUGUUGCCAUCGCCCGCAUUGCACACACCCUGGUGUAUGCUGUUUUUGUGAUUCCUCAACCGGCACGUGGUCUCUCCUGGGCCAUCGGAUACUUUAUCAGUGCCUAUAUGGCUGUUCACACACUGCUCAAAUUCCUGUGAGAUGUUGAAUCCGUAUAACUGAGCAUUAAACGAUUGAAAAAAAAUAUUAACGACUU